AUGCAAGAAGCUACAAAUGCCCGCAAGACACAGUUAAAUUACAUGAUUAAAUCCUUAAAAGAUAAAGCACUGGAAAAACGAAAGGAAGUCGAGCAAUUCAACCAAAAGAAGAUAGAAGUUCAAGCUCAAGUAGCCGACGUAAAAAGCCAAGUGCAGACGAAUGUAGACCAAAUGACUGCAAUCAUCGAAGCGAGGAAACAAGAUGUUUUUGAUGCGGUCGAUAAUCAAGCAAAAAAAUCACUUGAAACACUCUCACAGAAAAAAGGCGAAGCUGAAAAUCAAGUGAAAAAAAUUGAAUCAGCAAUUGAACAAACUGAAUCUCUGAUGAAACGAAACCUUAAUGCAGAAAUCCUUGGAUUCAAUGAAACAUUUGACGAAAUCCUACAGGAACAGGGCACCCAAGGAAUCCGUGACACUGAACAUAUUCCUCGGUUUAGUUUCACUAAAAGUGAAAAAUUGAUUAACGUGUUGAACAAAGAAGGUAUAGGUAAUGUAAAAACUGUUUUUAGCGAAACUAAAUUGCAACAAUCAGAAGCCGAAGGGAAAGAAAGUAGUAAAGUAAUUGAUGGGAAAGAGGCAAAUGUUCGUGACAGUCCUCUUGAGGCUCAGGUACGAACCAUUCGUUACAUUCCUGUGCUAUCAUUUGGACAAAAAGGUGAGUCUGUUGGAGAGUUUAACGGGCCCUGGGGGGUGGCAGUGAACGAUCGUGAUGAAAUUGCUGUGACUGAGCUCUGGAACGGCAGAGUUUCAGUGUUUAGUAGUGACGGUACCCACUUAAGAUCGUUUGGCAGAUGGGGUCAGAAAAGUGGUGAGUUUAAUCUACCUUCAGGGAUCGCUUUUGAUAGUCAUGGCAAUACUGUAGUGGCAGACAGUGACAACCACCGGGUGCAAGUCUUUGAUAGAAAUGGUUCGUUUCUUCGUACGUUUGGUGAACAUGGAAGUCUUGAUCACCAGCUUAAAAACCCUGAAGGUUUAUCAAUAAACGGCAACGGUGAUAUUAUUGUCACUGAUACUGGUAACAAAUUAAUCAAGAUAUUCUCGUCUAGUGGCGAGUAUUUACGUAAAUUCGGUGGAGCAGGUUCUUUGGUUGAACCCAAUCACUGUAUCCAACACGGUCAAUAUCUUAUAGUCUCAGAUUAUGGUGACGAUUCCAUUAAAAUGUUUGAUCUUGAAGGAAAGUCUAUUUCUAAGUUUGGAAAACAGGGGGAGAAUGAGGGAGAGUUCGAUGGGCCCUAUUAUUUGUUAGUUAACAAAGAAGGAUUUCUAAUGGUCUGUGAUGCAGGAAAGAACAGAGUUCAGGUAUUUGAACUGAGUGGAAAGUUUGUUGCAAAGUUUGGAAGUGAGGGUAGCGAGAGAGGAGAGUUUGAUUGUCCAGGUUCUAUAGCAAGUCUUAGUGAUGGAAGGAUAGUUGUGAGUGAUAGGAAUAACCAUCGAAUCCAGAUAUUUGACCAAAUAUGAUAUGAUCUCAUCCUUCUAUUAUUGAUGUGCUACAAUUGCUCGCAUAUUUUUGGAGGAAAAAUAUUUUGACGUAGUUUAAUUAGUUUCUUGAUCUUUCAUAGCUUUUCAUACAUAAUACAGCAAAUAGCACUUGAGUAAAGAUCGUUUAAGAGUGUAGAUUCUGUUUGUUUCCAAAUAAUGUGAAAAUUUUAAUCCACCUUUAAGCUUGCGUAGAAAGCGUUUUCAUGUGCGCAGCUUCGUUGAAAACGUUGUUUUUCUUUUGCUCUCGCUCCAACUUAACUUGACUGAAAACACUUGCUACGCGGGCUAAGGCCACCACAGCCAUUGUCAAAUGUUGUCAAGACUAUUUUUAAGGUAAUUUGUAUAAUUUAAUCGUAGUGUGAUGGCUAGUCAAUAUGAUAUGUAAAAAUCUAAGCUUAUAAAUUAUAAUGUAAUGUAAGUAAAUUUGUAAUAAACUUCAAUUCUUCGCACUUUAAAAUUUGCUCGGUUUAUCUCACUGAGGAAUUUUUACCCUAGUUUCUUACUUGCCCUUACAGAUUUUGCAAAAACAAAAAAAAUUCGAAAAACCAUUUGAAGCUUAAUUAGGCAAAUGUUUUUUUCUGCUCACUCUUUGGACAAAAUUAAGAUAACAAUGAUAAUGAUGAUGAUGAUGAUAAUAAUAAUAAUAAUCAAAUUAAAAAGAGAUACUAGCCCAUUUUGGCUUCCCUUAAAUUCGAGAUGAAACAAAGUUUUAUGUACGUACCUAUUCUAAUUAUAAAAUUUGAAAACAAUGAAAUAAUAAUAACCAUACCCAAUUCGAGACCAAAAUGGGCAAAGUGUAUACCCGUUUUCAGAACAAAACGGCCCAAACACCCUACCCGAUGGGGCGGCACAUACCCUUAUAGCUUACAUAAGAGGGUACCCCCGGGUAAGCUCAGCACUAACAGCGCUGUAGAUGGUAGACCAUAGGUCAAAUUAGCUAUAACUAGACUUUGAAAUAGAUAGUCUAUUUCUGCCUGAGUAUACCCCUCCUUCCUUAACGAUCUCAAAUAUAAAAAGACAUUUGAAAUAUACUUAGAUUCAAUGGACAUUGACAGAGACUCCGGGGGGAGGGGUACUCCCUUAUAUAAGCUAUAUGUGUAUUUGCCGCCCCGUCGGGUAGGGUUUUUACGCCGUUUUCGUCUGAAAACGGGUAUACACUUUGCCCAUUUUGGUCUGGAAUCGGCCGGUAUGGUUUUUGAGGGAAUUACGUGUUGAGGAAGAAAUACUCGCAAUAGAAUAGACGCCGCGUUUACGCUGAGUACUUUGUUAUGAAUAUUUGUUUAUUUCAAGGACCCAAUUAGAAUAUGACGUAAUGUUUUCUAGAAGUUUCUAUGACAAGAUAAGAACUGGAUUAACAGAUUUUUUGUCUUCGGGUUAUAUAAGCAAUUUCAACGUACCAGUGUGCGCGUUUUUUGUCGUGGAUCGAUCUGUAACGGAGGUCUCUUACGUUUCUGGUAGAAAUUAAAGUUCAAGUUGCGUUUAAGAAUCUUGUGGCUGUCACAGACGUUCAAGUUGAAUCUUAACACUACGGGAGUGUAUGAACGUAUUCAUCGUUUGAAUUGCAAAUGAGUAAGAAAGAAAGAGAAGCAUGCGAAUUCGAAAUGGAUUUGAAGAAUUUUUUUGUUUGCGCUCUAAUCUAAGUAAUGAUAACAUAAUUUCUGCCUAAAGGCCAUGUCUGAAAACGGGGAUGGUUUUUAGAGGUCUGGUCUGAAAACGGGUGUGGGAAAUUACGUUUUUUGGUCUGAAAUAGGGUCAGGAUUUAAAGAACCGGGCGGCACACCCCCAACAAGGAAUUCCCAGUGGCACCCCCCUCCCCGGGAAAGAGACCAGGGGCACCCAACGCGAAAAUAUAGUUCAAAACCACUUAAACAUGUUCAUAUAGGCGUAUUUUUAUCCCCUAAAAAUUUUUCGUCUGUUCGGAUUUUCUAGCUGAAAGUCUAUUGAUUCGAAAAUUAUAGGGAUCAAAGCAUUUCAGCCAGAUCGAGAAAAAAGGCUCCCGAAAAUUCUAGGUGACCUUUUUAGGGUAAAAAUCUGCUAAAAAUGGGCAAUUAUACCAUUUUUUAGAUGUUCGAAAAUUCUCGGAGAGGCAGGUAAGCAUGAAAUUUUACAACAAAUGUUCCGAAAAUUCUAGAUCUCAAAUCGUCUUCCGACUGAGAUAUUUUCCAAAAAUUGACGUUAGGUGCCCCUGAGAGGGGUUGAAGACAGUGAUGUAAAAUAAGAUGUGAAAGAUUCUCUAGACAUGUCAAUAGUUCAUGCUUUAAAGCGGAGAUCAACAAUUCUGAGAAAAACAGGAUGUAGUACGUCAAAAUCUCAACAAAGUGUAGGGACUCAUUUUGAUUGGUUAACUUUUGUCGGGGUCACAAAAGGGUGAGUUCGCUUCUCUCAAAAAGUCGUUCCUUAGAGUGCUUAACAAGAUUUACUUUAUUCUCCGAUCUCGGAAUGGAUAUAAAGACCUUGCUGGACAAUCUUCAUGAUGAACUAUCCUGUUCUGUAUGUAUGUGUACAUUCACUGAUCCAAAGCAGUUGCCUUGUUUGCACAGUUUCUGUCUUCACUGCCUGAACGGAAUUCAACGAACGAGUGGCGUCCAUGGCAAAAUUACAUGCCCCGAGUGUCGAAGACAGUUUCAAAUCCAUGGAAGUGGAAAUCCGAGCGAACUUCCCACAAAUUUUCGUAUCAACAGUUUGCUGGAUGUCUUGGCAAUUAAAGAGUGCAGUACAGCUAACGUGAAAUGUGGAAACUGCGACAAGCGGAGCGCCCAGACCUUUUAUUGCUUCCAGUGUUGUUCCUUCUGGUGCGAGCAAUGUAUUUUAGGCCAUAACAUAAUACGCACUAAUAAAGAACACAAAACGCUGGCUUUGAAAGAUUUUCAAGAUCAUGACUUCGAGGCUGUGUUAAAGCGACCAGCAUUUUGCCAGAAAAAACUUCAUGAAAAAGAGGAGCUGAAGUUCUUUUGUAAGAACUGUGAAGUGGCAAUUUGCAACACUUGUGCAAUGACACUUCAUGAAGGUCACGGCAAAAUGCUCUUGCAAGAAGCUACAAAUGCCCGCAAGACACAGUUAAAUUACAUGAUUAAAUCCUUCAAAGAUAAGGCACUGGAGAAACGAAAGGAGGUCCAACAAUUCAACCAAAAGAGCAUGAAAGUUCAAGCGCAAGUAGCCGACGUAAAAAGCCAAGUGCAGACGAAUGUAGACCAAAUUAUUGCAAUCAUCGAAGCGAGGAAACAAGAUGUUUUUGAUGCGGUCGAUAAUGAAGCGGAAAAGUUACUAAAAAGACUCUCGCACAAAAAAGGCGAAGUUGAAAACCAAGUGACAAGAAUUGAAUUCGCAAUUGAACAAACUGAAUCUCUUUUGAAACGAAACUCUAGUACUGAAAUCCUUGAAUUCAAUGAAACAUUUGAAACAGUCCUGGAGGAACAGAGCACUCCAGGAAACAGUGACUGUACAAGUAUUUGUCGGUUCAGUUUCACCAAAAGUGAGAAACUGGUUAACGUGUUAAACAGUGAAGGGAUAGGUAAUGUGAAAACUGUUUUUAGCGAAACUAAAGUGCAACAAUCAGGAGCUAAAGGUAAAGAAAGAAGUAACGUAAUUGCUGGAAAUAGCGGGGCAAAUGAUCGUGACAGUCCUCGUGAAGCUCAGGUACAAACCAGGCGUUUCAGACGAGUGCUAUCAUUUGGACAAGAAGGUGAGUCUGUUCGAAUGCUUUUUAAUAGCUGGGAAAUAGUUGUAAAUUGUUGUGACUGAAUACCGUGACCACAGGGUUCCGGUGUUUAGUAUAGUAACCUGCGAUCAGGUGUUCUUCUUCCCUCUUGUUUUGAAGACGAGGGGAAAAGGUGCGGUGGGCCGCAACUGUCACAUCAAAUACAAAUUGGUCACAUCAAAAACAAAUCCUUACAUCAAUACAAAUUGCUCACAUGAAAUACAAAAUAGCUCACAUCAAAAAUAAAUGGCUCACAUCAAAAAGAAAGUCCUGACAUGAUAACUGGGAUUAAACGGUCAGCCGUCGGAGAACGAAGACUGGUAAGUACGUGGUGUAACCAUCAUAUAGUGGUUUCACGUUAUUUCAUAUGCAAUAUAACUGUUCGCACUUCUAUACCACAUAGGCCUACAUAUUCCUACAUUAGCUGUACAUAGCUGUACAUAGCCUUACAUAGCUGUAUAUAGCCUUACAUAGCCCUACAUAACCUUACAUAGCCUUACAUAGCGGUACACAGCCCUACAUAGCUUGUAGGGCUAUGUGAGUGAGUGAGUGAGUGAGUGAAAACUUUAUUUACCCAUGGUAAUUUUAUCAAAUAACUUUACAAUGAAGUAUCUGUUCUACCUAUGCUAAAAGCCGUGCAUUAAUUAAUUUAUAUGAAGAUUUUUUUUUUUUAACUCAAUAUUUAUCCAGGGGCAUCCAAUUUAGCAGAGCUAGUUUAAAUGGAGCCCUGACAAAACACAAAAACAAAGACAUUAAAACAUUAAAAUUAGACAAUUAAUUAAGUUAAGACAACAUGUAACGCAGGUGUUACUGUUUAAAGUGGCGCUUUAGCUUGAUUUUGAAUUCACUGAGGGUACAUAGAUCAAUAUCUGAAACAGUAAACUAAGAAAAGAUUGCAUACACUAUUAAACCUAAUAAUAAAACUAAAAUUAUGAUGCUUGUGUAGAUAGUAUAUCCGACAUGAUCUGACCCUUAAAUCUUCCUUUUCUCCUUUAAACUGGAAGGGAGAGAAUUCUAGAGCUUAACACCCGCAGAAGCAAAACUAUUCCUUUGCUUUUGGCACUUUGAGAUUCAUUCUAGAAGGGCGAAGGUCAUAACUGAGCUGACUUGUAUUAACGUCAAACAUGUCAGACAAAUAAGAGGGACAGAAGCCAUGAUUUACUUUAAAUAUCAUUAAUGCCAUAUGAUGUCGUCUCAUUUCAUAAAGUGAAAGCCACCCAAGUUCAGGCCGAAUAUUAGCUGAAUGUUUUGAAUAUGAAGCACCUGUUCGUGUUGGGCUAUUUAGGGCUAUGUGGGGUUGUGUACGGCUAUGUAGGGCUAUGUAAGGCCAUGUAUAGUACAGCCAUGUAGGAAUAUGUAGGCCUAUGUAGUAUAGAGGUGCGAACAGUUAUAUUGCAUAUGAAAUAACGUGAAACCACUAUAUGAUGGUUACACCACGUACUCAGUACCAGUUUUCUUUCUCCGACGGCUGACCGUUUAAUCCUGGUUUUGGUGUCAGGACUUUGUAUUUGAUGUCGGGAUUUUAUAUUUGAUGUAAGGAUUUUGUUUUUGAUGGGAGCAAUUUAAUAUUUGAUUUGAGCAAUUUGUUUUUGAUGUGAGCAAUUUGUAUUUGAUGUAAGGAUUUUGUAUUUGUAGUUGAUGUGACAGUUGUGGGCCACCGUAGUAAAGGACGCCUGAUACAUUCUUGUGUCUUUGAUUUUAUCUGGAAGGGAAAGGAUAAAGUUAAACGUUCUGCACUUAUUAGAGACAUCGAAGAUGGAGGACUUAAGGCUCCACAUUUAAAUUCCAUACUUGAAACACAAAGAGUACUUUGCUGCGAGAAAUUGGCAAAUGAUCAACAGAGUGGAUGGAAAACAAUCUUUUUGCACUAUCUGAAACCUGUUGGUGGUAAAUUAGUCUUAGGUUGUGACUUUGAUUUGAAGAAAUUGCCUAUCAAAUUACCAGCCUUUCAUGAAGAAUGGUUAAAAUUUUUUGCAAAGUGCUCUGCGGUAAAUAAUGUAAAUAUACAGGAUUUAAAUGGAAAAGGCUUGUCAAAAGUUAUCUUAUGGAGGGGGGCGUAAGGGGGGUACGAAUACCGCAAUACCGCACAUGGUAGCGAAAGAAUACCGCAAUACCGCAUCAAAAUUUAGCCAAAUACCGAAACCGCAAUUACAAAUGGGAAAAAGUUGACGUUGUCAAUACUACAAAUCCCCCCUCCAAUAAUAAUACUUUUAUGUCAGUGUUUCCAAAUCAAGGUGCGUCAUAAGAUCAUCGCACUCGUUUUGUUCAUAACAUGUAUACGUUUACAUAAAUGAUACAACGGGGGUACCUGGGUUAAUUUUUGCUGGGUAUGUACCGCUGGCUUCUCCGAGCCCCUACCCCAUUAUAGUCUAUUCUGUGGCCAAUUAUAGACCUCAUCUUAGUCACUUUUGGGCAAAUAUUUAAUUUUCGAGAACCCAGCUUGGUCGCUUUCAAUUUUUAUGAAUUGACCAUUUUUUAGAUUGAAUGAAGAACGCUUAACUUUUCAUCUACAGAACAAACAUUCUGGUACGUUUGCUAACCGUAAAUAUGAAGAACUGUCUUACCCCCAAAAAUCAGAAAAUGCGCGACCCCAUUCUAGUAACUCUCUUGAAAAUGCCACCCCAUUAUAGUCACUCCACUCUUGAAAAUGCGGCCCCAUCCAGCGGCACAUUCCCACUAGCCUCUUAUAAGGAAGUAACCCCCCGCCAUCCCGGGCUGCCAUCAGUGCUACGUAGGCUAAGCACACACGAAUACUUGUACAUUCCGAGAAGGGCGAAUAAUAAUCUUUAAACCACACCAUUUUCAUAGAUUAUUUUUCGACACUACGAAAUUUAUAACGACCUCACUGACCUCACUAUUUGCUGGAAUAUCAGAGUUAUCACUUAGUUGACCCUCUGGAUCGCUCGCCAUUGUUUCGCGACUGGCACGAAAGUGGCGGUAAGAUUGGUAAGGAAGUUAACCAACCUGACUAUUCCCACAAUUACAAAGUCCAUGAGGUCAUAAAUAAUGCGACAUGUUUACGUAUCAUUGGAUUAAAAAGUUAAUGUCGUUAACCAUAUCAAGUAUUAACUGAAAUUACAAGCCAUACGAUUUGUCUGGACUGUUUGCGCAAUAUACGAUCCCCGACUGUGCAGCUAUAGGAAGACACGCAGGUCACGCCGGCUAGCUAGGGAGACCUUUAAGGAUUUGUAUUUUCUUGUCAUGAAAAAGAAGCAGAUCACCGUGACACAACGAUUUUUUCACCGAUUACCGCGACAUAAAAUUUAAACUCACCGCACACCGCUUGGGCUCUGAAAACCGCAAUACCGUACUUUGAAAUAAAAAUUACCGCAACACCGCACCAAAAAAUAGCCAAUACCGCAAUACCGCAAACCCUUACGCCGCCCUCCUUAUGGAAGAACAAAUUUAUUUGUAUUGGUCACAAGUCUGUGUAUUUUCGAAAUUUCGCUGAGAAAGGGAUUCUUCGAGUGGGUGAUUUAAUCUCGAAUAAAAAUGAACUUAUAAUCAAAAGCGAGUUGAGAGUCUUGAACCUUUCGCCGUUGGAUGCCUUUAGGUUUGUCUCUUUAAAGACAGGGUACUAGCACUUCAACAGAAACAAAAGAGAAACCUACGAAUCUUGCCUUUUGUCACACAAUAUCAACCAGGGGCACCCAACGAGAAUAAAGUUCAAAACCACUUACAAUAGCAUUGUUAAACGUAUUUUAGUAUCUAAACGGUAGAUAUAAGCAUAUUUUUAUCCCCUAAAAAUUUUUCAUCUGUUCGGAUUUCCUAGCUGAAAGUCUAGUGAUCCGAAAAUUAUAGGGAUCAAAACUUACCUUUUCGAAAAUUUCAGCCAGAAAAAAGGCUCCCGAAAAUUCUAGGUGAUCUUUUUAGGGUAAAAAUCCGUUAAAAAUGGGUAAUUAUGCCAUUUUUUAGAUGUUCCAAAAUCCUAGGAGAGGCAGGCAAGCAAGAAAUUUUACAACAAAGGUUCCGAAAAUUCUAGAUCUUAAAUCGUCUUCCCACUGUCUUCCGAUUAGAUAUUUUCCGAAAAUUGACGUUGGGUGCCCCUGACCAACCCGUCAGUGCCUAACCUAAAGCAAAUUCUAAUGAGAAACUGGGAUAACGUAAUAGAACAACAAUCAUUACAGGGCGAAAUCUAAAAAAAUCCGCCCCUCAUAUCGUACAGAAGAGAGCGGCCGCUCAAAGACAUACUCGUGAGAGCCAGACUAUGAAAAGGUUAUUGAAUUCAGGAUUUUUAAGUGGUUAACUCUAAUUCUAAUGCCAUAACUCUACUUACAUAGCUCUAUCGUUAGUCAACCUCCUCCACCGUUGCUGGUUUUCAGUGUCACGCCAUUCAAAAUAGAUCAAAAUAAAAAUCAAACCGUUCAAUAGAUAAAGUCCAGAAUCUGGGAAAUAAAAGGACUUACACAUACAAAGACCCUCGCCAAGAUUCAGGUCAGAGGAAUAUUUCGUAUAAGAGAUAUCCGAAGAAACGUUUUACCCAAACUUAUAGAGAUUUGUAUGGAGACGCCAUGCUGGUGCUCACCUGGAUGAGCUCCAACAUCAUGCGGACGGAAACCAACAGAAACUCAUAAGGGAGAGACUCAUAAGCGAGAGACUCAUAAACGUUAAAGUAAUACUUUUUCUAAUACACGAACUGUUUAGAUAGCAACAUGUCCUGAAAUAAGGACAGCUCUCUUAGCCGUCAUUACAAUGCCGCGUCACGCAAAAGCUUAGAAAUUCAAGCGUACUCUAUCACAAAACUAAGAACCCUUUUGAAGCGAAAAUUUGUAUGAAAAUUAGUUUUCAGCGGCUCUAAUACAUUGUCAAACUAAAAUCUCGGUAGCCUGCGUAGCUGGCGGUAUUGUGUAGUAGUCGAGUGAGAUUUGGCGGCGGAGCCGUUGUAAUAUAGUCGAGUGAGAUUUGACGUCGGAGCCGCGAGAAAUACCGCCUGCCAGAGGACCAUGAUUUUUGGAAUGCCGCCCACUUUUGUCACGUUAGCUGAUCCCAGUUAAAUCAGCCAAUCAAAGAGAAACCUGCAAUUUGAAACUUCCGAUUAUUUUCGCCCGAGACAGUUUAGAAAUAAGCGUUGACAGGCUAAACACGACUCCUAAGCUCGUGAUAAUGUGAAACGUGACCUUGUGAGUUUGCUUGAACAGAGGUUUUUUUUUAUUUUCUCGGCUCUCGCUCGAAGGUUACUAGCACUACACAGUGCAUGUAACAUUCUAAACUUUGACUGAGUAAAUCUUUUUUGCAACACUUGGCUUAACAUUAAAAGGUCAUGAAGCUGGUUUGUUACAUGCAUGCAUACUGAGUAACCAUUUCCUGUGGUUUAUUCUUCUGUAGGUGUUCCUGAUAGGAUUUGAUGUCAGAUGUAGCUGUAAAGUGUUUUAAUUUUCUUUGACCUUUGUUUCUUACGGCUAAAUUAAGACAAUUCCAGCACCGUGAAGUUUUAAGACGCCAUUUCGGCAAUCUGGUCAUCAAUUAUGCUCUUCUGAAAGCGGAAAUCACAAUCACAAUCACUUUACAUGUACGUCUUUUCCGGUUUGCCAUCUGCUCCCUAAAUUGGGAAAUAUACGCGAAGGCUCAUCUAACAUGAUUGACAUAUAUAUGGCCCUCGACCAAUCCGUUUCCCCGCACACUGGUGUGCGGACUAUUCAAAAUACCGGGGUUUUCUGGCAGGCGGUAUUUCAACCGCCUUGUCCCUACUCCAACACGGCUCCGCCGCCAAAACUUUAAUCUCGCACCCACACAAUCAGCAUCAGCUACGCAGGCUAAAUCUCGGUAGGAUCGAUAGUUGAGUUUGAAUUUUAGUGACGUCAUGUGAAAACCAACAAUUGUUUUCAAUGAAUUAUUUAUUUGCCCCCGGGUUAGUUUCUUUGACUUUACGGUUUGAACAAAGGUACCACACGGCAACGAUAAGGCAAGAUGCGCAAUAAAAUGGAAAUAAAAAUCUAUGAAACUUACCAUGUGGCGAGUUGACAGAUACCUUAAUUGGGGGGCGGCAGAUGACUCGUGAAGUAAUUGUAUCAGACGUUCUUUUUUCCCCUUUCCCGCCUGAUCGCAGGAUAUGUUUAGUAGUGACGGAACUCGCUUGUAAGAUCGUUUGGAAGAAAAGGCAAGAGUUAUGGUGAGUUUUAGCAACAUUGUAGUUGCAGACAAUGAUAAUCACCGGGUGCAAAUCUUUGAUGGAAAUGGUACGUUUCUUAGUACGUUUGGUAAACAAAAAAGUCGUGACCAGCCCCAGCUCAAAUUACAUGAAGGUUUGUCAAUAAACGGCAAC